CAGGGGGCGCCGAAGCGGCGGCGGGCGCGGUCUCCCACCGGGCCGGGCGUGCCGAGGCCGCGCGUCCUUCCCGGGCAGGGCUCCGUCCGCUGGUCCUCGGAGUUCGCCGGGAGCUCGCGCCACGGCCCAGCGGGGGCGGAGGGAGGCGGCAGGCAGCGGCGGCAAGGCUGGUGCUGUAAAAGCCUUGUGGGGAUCUCAACAACUGCAGGAUUUGGUGUCCCUACUCACUCAAGCUCGUUGGUCUCUUGCUAUGGCACCAUAUUUUCUUGUUCAGCAUUACCCUGGAUGAUGGUGCUUUGUUUUCUAAGCAGAACACUGCAUCUAGCAAGACAUUCAUCCAGUCCACUGGGGAGGCAAUUCUGUUCAGCCAGCACAAAUAAGCCAGUGCUGACUUUAUUCACCAAGAAACCAUGCCCUCUAUGUGAUGAAGCAAAAGAAGUGCUUGAGCCAUAUAAGAGAAGGUUUAUUUUGCAGGAGGUGGAUAUUACCCUUCCAGAGAACUUGAUAUGGUAUGAUAAAUACAAAUAUGACAUACCUGUUUUUCAUUUAAAUGGGAAGUUCCUAAUGAAGCAUCAAGUAGACAUUCAAAAGUUUGAGAACCAGCUUAUGAAGCUGGAGUUACAAAAUGAUGGAAACCGGUGAAGAAAAUGCAGCUGCUCUGGUGUGGAUCUGAAAGGACUGUGCAGUAUAAAUUGUGUGAAAAAGCAGUAUUCAUUAUCUGGCCUUAGGUUUCUUAUAAUGUGUGGUACCAGUGUCCUAAAAAACCUGAGUGACUUGCAUUCUGUUUUCUGUUAAUCAUCCAGCCCAGCUGCACCAGUAGCAACCUUUUCUGUACCAUUCAUUUGCUGCUAUUGUAGGCUGGCUUUUCAUUGACAGAAUAAAUGCUGUUCCGUAACAGCAGAUAAAGUGAAA